GCAGCGACGGCAGAGCAGAGAGGAGGAGGGGAGCACGGCAUCGGCAGGGCAGGGCAGGGCAAGCGCGUCCGUCCGUGCGUCCCGCGCCAUAACUCCGCUCCCCUCCUCCCUCAUCCCCGGCAAUUAAUGCCGCCAACUACCACGACAUCCACCCCGCAAAACCUAGGCAGCGCACAAAUACCCCCACCCCACCCCACCCCACCCCCUCCCCCCGCCCGUCCCCACCUCGCCAUGCCAUUCCGCCCCACCGUCUCGCCCCCGCCGACCACCGCCGUCUCGCCGCCAUGUCCCUCGCCGACGCGCUCGCCGACAUCGGCCUCGGCUACGCCAUCGCCAUCGCGCUCGGCUUCCUCGUGCUCCUCGCCGCGAUCCUCCUCGCCUACCACUUCUGCUGCCGCCGCCGCGCCGCGGCCCACCACCACCACCAGGGCGCUCAGCAGCAGCAGCACCACUCCGGCCGCCACGGGGCCGCCUCCUCCUCCGCGUCCAGCUCGGGCCACAUCUCCAUCACCGUGCCGCGCUUCGUGUUCGUCGCCGAGGACGACUCGCCGGGCUCCUCCUCGCGGGGCGCCACCGGGUCCACCCCCGUCGGCCUCGACCCCGCCGUGAUCGCCUCCUACCCCAAGGCGCCCUUCUCCCGGGCCGCCGCCGCCGGCGACCUCGCCUGCUCGAUCUGCCUCUGCGAGUACCGCGACGGGGAGAUGCAGCGCAUCAUGCCCGAGUGCCGCCACCGCUUCCACCUCAUGUGCCUCGACGCCUGGCUGCGCCGCAGCGCCUCCUGCCCCGUCUGCCGCAACUCACCCAUCCCCACCCCCGUCACCACCCCGCUCAACACCCCGCUCUCCGAGAUCGUCCCGCUCUCCCAGUACGCCGCCGACCGCCGCCGCCACAGGUGACCUGACAGAUUUACUCCAUUUCUUAGCACCAUCUGCUGCCGCCGCCGCUGCUGCUUGUCAGGAAUGGGAUUCGACUUGAUUACUUAGAGAGAUCGUCAGGAGAGGUUUCGCUAAUCUGCGGGGUUACUUAGGAGUAUCUUCAGAUUGUUCAGCUAGAACAGCAGAAGUUUUGCAGUAGAUCGAUGGACCGAGGCUGGCAGACAAGCUGUGUAAAUACAUUGUUCCUCCGUUCUAAUAUAGCUUAUAUCGACUGAUGUUACCUGUUGCCAUACAGUACUUGUAUGUGGAUUGUUAGUUACCAAACCGCUAUUCCGGUUAUAUGAUUGGUCAAUUUCAUGGUACAUUACUUC